UUCUGGAGGAACAAGAGCUCACACACAGGGCAAUGCUGGAGGAAACAAAGUACGUGUGUUAAGUUUGAGGGAAUAUGAUGUUUUUACGCACAAAUGAUGGAUGCCGUUGAUCCAUACAGCCGUCCCGCGCGCAGGACGCAAUGGAUAGUCAGCACCCUGGCUUACCAUUACGGACUGGACCGGGGGGUGGAGAACGAGAUUAUAGUUCUGGCCACCGGGUUGGAUCAAUACCUGCAGGAGAUUUUCCAUCACAUGGACUAUCAGGGUGCGGGGAAAGUCUCCGUGGAGGAUUUUAACAUCUUGUGUGAAGUUUUGGGGCUGAACAAAGACUCUGAGGACACUGAAUGCAGUUUGGAGAGUUUACCCAGCGAGCUUACUUUCAGACACUUCCACGCCAAACUGUGCGGAUACUUCAGCACCAAGGCGGGGUGUCAGUAUGAAAACGGCCGGUUGUUGGUCGGGAAGGACAGCGAGCAUAUUGAGACUCAGAUCCGCCUGAGGAGCCCUCUGAGGCGGCGAGAGAAGCUGCUGUCUGCCGCUCUGAGUGAGUCCUCGGAGGGUCGGCACGCCUCCGGCUGCAGGCUCGGAUCCUGCACCAAAGAGUGCUAUGAGGAGAUAGUGGCUCUGGAGGAAGCAGAAGACCGAGUGGCGAAGCUGGAGGAUGAGAAUGCAAGUUUGAGGGAGCUGAUCGAGGACAUGAGAGCCGCGCUACAGAGCAGCGAUGCCCGCUGUUUGGCCCUGCAGGUAGGACUAUGGAAAAGCCACUCCAAACAUAAACCAGAGGAAGGCUGCGUUGCCGCACACCAGACACAAGCAGCCCCGAACGGUUUGAGCAACAGCAACCUGAAGAGCCUCCAGAACAUCAUCAACGAGAUCGAGCUGCUGCGGGGCUCCAGAGAGCAACACGCAGAGGACGCCAUGCUGUGUAACGAGAGGCUGGAGCAGGAGCUGUGGAGCUCUAAAGAGACUGUGUCUGCUCUGGAGGACUGCAACAGAACCCUGAAGAGGGAGCAGGUGGGCAUGAGGAGGAAGGUGGAGGAGGCCCGGCAGGCACUGCUCAGCGGCCUGGGGAAGGUGAAGGAACUGGAGGCCAAAGCCAAUCAUGUGCCGGUUCUGCAGAGGCACAUCCUCCAGCUGGAGUCAGAGCUCCUCUACUACAGGUCAGAGGUGUCGAAACUACAACUUCCAGGCAGCACCCGGGCAGAGCAAAGCAGGCAGAACCAGAGAUGUUGCUCGGACUCCCAACACGACCGGUGUUCUCCGACAGGACGGGCUGUAACGACCCCGGAUAAGAUGGAGGAGCAGCUGUUUCGUUCGGUGGAGGGUCAGGCAGCGUCGGACGAGGAAGACGAUAAGUGGACCGAGGAUCAGCAGAGGCAGGUGGACGAGGUGAAGAGGAUCCUGACGAAGCUGUCCUGCUGUGGGGAAAGGUGCGACGACAAGGCGUUCAAGAAGCUGAUGUUGAACUACGGCAGCUCCAGGAGCGAGGAGAGCUGCAGCGCGGUGCUGGAGCUGCUGGAGAGGGUGACCCGGCUUCACAAGCAGCUGGAGCUGAAGGAGAGCCGGGCGGAGAUAGACAUGGAGCAGAUGAAGGACUCUCUGGUGCAGGAGCUGCAGCAGAAGGCGGAGGAGACAGAGCUGCUGCAGGUGGAGCUGCAGAUGCUGGAGACCGAGAGGGUUCGUCUGUCGCUGGUGGAGGAGAAACUGGUGGACAUCCUGCAGCUCCUGCAGCAGCUCAGAGACCUGAACGUCUCGCGGAGGUCCCUGGGGAAAAUCCUGCUCAGCACGCUGGGCUGCUGCAGCGACCCGCAACACGGUAAAGCCCACAUCCUGGAGGUGCUGAACGCUCUGUACCAUGAGCUGGCUGCCUGUGAGAUCCUGUCUGCCGCUGGGCCUCUGGAGCGGACGCAGAGUCAGCAGUCUCUGAACGCCCUCGUCAUCUCCUGCUAAAGACCGCCUCCUGCUGGGCCGAGUCAAGCUGUGUAUAGUGUAUUAUAUUGGAGCUUUUAUACUCCUCAGAUCCUACCAUCUAUAAAGGGAUUUUAGUCUAGAUGUAUUACCUAGUAAAGCAAAGGGUUUAUAUAUUAACAUUUCAGCUGCCCGUCUGCCGUCUCUAAAUGUAAUAUUUUAGCUCACUGCCACAAAAACCACAUGGAGGAUUUCCUUCUACUUUCUUUGUAAGAAAGAUGAAUGGUCACUACUUUUAUUGAUAUAUGUGUGUUGUUGUUUUUAAUUUAUAGUAUCUGGUGUCCUAACAUGCUGCCAUGCAUUUAUUUUAAUGGUUAUACUGAUAGUAUAAUGACAACAUUUCCACAUACUGGACCGUGAUAAUCCAUCAAGAUAUGACUAUAACAAGAUAAGUCUGAAUUAAAGACGACAUUUAUCAAACAAAAGCCUUUUAUAUCACAAAAACAAGGUUUAAUUUUGUGUAACUGAGGUCUGUUGACCAUAAAUCCCAAAGAUAAGUAAAACUUGUCUUAAUGAAUUGGAACGAGGUUGGGUUUAAAUGUGUAACACAGAUCUAUAAGCAGUGAAACUGACAAAAGUUGCACAGCUGACGGGAAGACAACACAAACAUUCAAGCAUAAACUUGUUUAUUCUCAAUGUCUUCAAAUUGUACAUACUGCAACUCGUUCAUGAUCCAAUAUUUUCUUUGUGCUGAAUGUGAACAUGUUAAAAUAAGCUAAUCUUUUAAGGGGCAUACAGGAAGUCUGUAAAUUGGAUCGACAGGUCAACAACAUCCCAUUGAAAGGAACCUUCCUAAUUCAUGUAGUGUGCAUAUCAUGGUCAAAGGCCUCUGCAGAGAAAACUGUAUUUUGGAGAAAUCACUAUUUGUGUUUACUUUGCAACACUAAGGCAUGGAGACAGUAUAUCUGCCGUUAACCUGCUAAGCUUUUCGAUGUGUGGAGGUUAGAUGUUAACCUGUUACCGUAAACGUUGAUGUCUUGACACUUGCUCUAUUGUGGUGCUCAAGUAGGACAUGUUUAACAUAGAAGGGGACAAGCGUGGCCAAGAUGCAUCAUCAGUGUUGGUCUCUGUGAGCCUUAAGCACGCAGACCUAUCCUGUAUUCAGAACAUUGUGAAAUGGGCUUCAUUUAGUUGCCCAUGAGGCCAUGUUUUUGCAGCCACUGAAUUGGGACACAGCUGCAGACUGGCUGAUCACAGAACAAUCUAGAAGUCAGAUGGAUAUACCUUUUUGGGGUUAAGUAUCUCGCCCAUGGAUACCUCGACAUGUUGACAACAAACAAUUCAAACAAACAAUUGUUUGACAAUUCACUGUCACUGCUGUUUUGGAAUGAUGCAAAACCACUCACUGGUGUUAUUAAAUCAUGCCAUUAAAGCCUUUGACUCACA